AUGGCCAACCGCAACAAAUCGACUCCGUCACGUUCGCUUGUGUGCCGCGUGUGCCUGUCCAGUGAUGAGCUGCAAGUUUUGAUCUUCGGAGCGUAUGCCCGGGACAAAAAUAUUCCAACGAAACUUCAUGUGUGUUUACCGAUUCAGUUGAAUCCACACGACAAUCUGCCAAAAACGAUCUGUUACCGGUGUGUGGCCAAGCUGGACGAGUACUACGACUUUUAUUGCCACUCGCUGACCUCGCAGCGGAUCGCGAACGGGGAGGAGCUUGCGGUUCAGAAGUACCUCCGCCGCAGGGUGGACCGGAAGCUGACGGCGGCCGUCGAGCGGCGCAACGCAAGGGAGGGUCGAGGACAGGAACGGGCAGUUCCAGCAUCGAUUGGGCCGGAACCAUCCGCUAGCUUUCUGGAUAUGAAGCAAAGCCAACGGAAGAGAAAGGCGUCGCAGCCAGCACCGCGCUCGAAGAGAUUCCACUCUACAUUACAGUGCGAACGAGUAAUUCCCCCGCACGGGAACCGGCCGCGGCCAAUUGCGCUGAAAGAGGCUAUCGUCGCCGAAGGAACCGGUCCGGAGGUCCGGAGGAACCGCGACGAUUGGUGUGGAUUCGGAUCUCCGAUCAAGAGGACAACAGUCUGUGCCGAUGACAAUCAGGUCAUCUGA